UUCCUCCCUCCACCCCCUUUUCCUAGCAAGAGGGGGCCUUUGAAAUGACUGAGUCCAUCUCUUUCAGUUUGUAGUUAAAUUAGUGGUCAAAAAGGUUAAGUGAGUUGGCCAAGGUCAACUCAGAUUUUCUCGUUCCAACUCAACAACACAACGUAAAAUGAAAUCCUCCUCCCAUUUCUAGUGAUGUUUCCACUGCACCACAAAAGCGUUUAAAUCACACUCCGAUUUCAAUCGCUGGCAAAGAGAGAAUGAAAGAGGAAACUGGUUAUUCUACAACAACAACAACAAAACCAAACCCAACAACCAGGGUGGAGAGCAGGCGUGGGCCCCGGCGUGGACGAGGUCGCCGCCUCGCUGCGGAGACCAGCCAGGCCACGCAAGGGUGCGAGUUCCGCGAGGUCAGAGGUGGGGACAGUGGGCCGCGCCGGGACAGCCAGGGGAGGCUUCGAUCAGAGUCCUGAAGAACCGGCGAGACUUGAAUAUCCAGAGGGGAAACAGCGAGCUCGUGGGGACAAAGGCCCCACGAGCUGGGACAAAGGCCCAGGGAUAGUCGCAGUGGGGGAGCCUUGGGGACCAAACAUCUUCUAGAGCACCCAGUGGUCCCAAGGUACCCGGUCCCCUGAAGUUGGCGCUGGAAAGGAAAACUGGGAGGACAAUCAAAGCGCCUAGAAAAAGGCCCGGGACGGAUGGACUUGGGGGCAGGUGACAUCGUUUUCCCGGGAUGCGCGGUGGGAUGGCAGCUCCGGCGGAGACUCUGCACAGCCUAAAGCUUGUGCAGCACCAGAGGAGAAAGAUGCCAAAUUAGGGCGCUGCCAGCUCUCUUGCUCGAGUGCCGCCGCUGGCUUCCCGGACGGCAGGGGAAAUCGGGUCCGAGAGGGUUCUCCUCUGGGCACCAUCGCGCAGCGUGGGUGGGGCAGGUGUCCUCUCUCACCCUCACCAAGCGCUGCCCGAGCCGCCCCGCGUCCCCAGUAGCUCCCCGGAGCCUUCUGGCAUCUGACCCCACCGGAUCCCUCCCUCCACACUGAUUUCCUUGCUCCGGCUCCGGAGCUGGGGCCUCGGGGCGGGUCCCUGCCGCCCGCACCUGCCCCCGGGGGCGGAGCGCGGCCGCGACAGCGCGGCCCCAGCCUCGGCCGCCAGCCGCACGAGUAGCGCGGCUCCUCGACACCCCCGCCCCCCCAGCAGCCGGCGCACCUCCACUCCGUCGCGCCCUCCCUCCCCCCCGCUCGGCGCUGUCCGUCCGUCCCUUCGCCCGCUGCGAGCCGCGGCGCCUGGCACUUCUGACUCGAGUCCCAGUUGCGCUCCUCGUCGCCGCGGGGAUCUGCUGCCCCGCGCCAUGGAACCGGCCGCGGGCAGCGAGCGCCGCAGCCCUCCGGGCCCCGCAGUCCCGCCGCCGCCCCGGGGCCACGCGCCCUUGGCCGCCGCCCCGGGUCCGCUGAGCUCCCCGCCACAGGAACCGCUGCAUCCCGAGGACGGGCAACAGCUGCGGAUCAGCCAGAGCGGCCAGUUCAGCGACGGGCUGGAGGAUCGAGGCUUACUAGAAAGCAGCACUCGUCUAAAACCUCACGAAGCUCAGAACUACAGAAAGAAGGCGUUGUGGGUCUCUUGGUUCUCCAUUAUUGUGACACUGGCUCUGGCGGUGGCUGCCUUUACUGUCUCCGUUAUGAGGUACAGCGCCUCUGCUUUUGGGUUUGCAUUUGAUGCCAUCCUUGAUGUCCUGUCGUCGGCGAUUGUCCUGUGGCGUUACAGCAAUGCGGCCGCUGUACACUCUGCUCAUAGGGAAUACAUAGCCUGUGUCAUCUUGGGGGUGAUAUUCCUUCUGUCAUCCAUAUGUAUAGUGGUCAAAGCCAUCCAUGACCUCUCAACUAGGCUGCUCCCAGAAGUGGAUGAUUUCCUGUUCAGUGUCUCCAUUUUAAGUGGGAUCCUUUGCAGCAUCCUGGCCGUGUUGAAGUUUAUGCUGGGGAAAGUGCUGACCAGCAGAGCACUCAUAACAGAUGGGUUUAACUCCCUCGUGGGAGGUGUGAUGGGCUUCUCCAUUCUUCUGAGUGCGGAGGUGUUCAAGCAUAACGCGGCGGUCUGGUACCUGGACGGCAGCACAGGUGUGCUGAUUGGCCUCACCAUAUUUGCCUACGGGGUCAAACUCCUCAUCGACAUGGUGCCCAGGGUGAGGCAGACGCGCCACUAUGAGAUGUUUGAGUGAAGGUGGCCAGAGCCACCCGUUCUGCAUCCGCAUGAAGACCGUCGGGACGACGAGAGGUUUCCACAGACGGUGCCAAUAUUUAACUGAACAUCCAAUUUCUUUUUUGGAAAGUUUGUGUUCAUGGGAAUGAGGUCUGCCCAGCAGGUUGGUCUGCACUGCUCCCCUCACACCACAGUUCCCGUCAAACCCGUUAGGACCACGUCCACAGGAGGAGAGACUGGCGUCCCCAUCUCCGGUGGGAACUGACCUUUUCUAUUUUCUGGAGUAAAAAGGUUCUUGUGGGUAGGAUAAGAUCUCUGCUUGGCAGAAAGUUCUUCUGUGGUGCUCCAAGCCUGAAAUGGAUAGCAACUGACCAGACCCACCUCCUCUGGACUCCGAGUGGCCCCGGCCACCUCGUAAGUCUAGAGUCUCUUACCUCCUGGCAGAAUUUACGGGAAGACGGUACGUACUCUUUGGUCCUUCACCCCUCUACAUACCCAGAACCAUCAGUAUAUAUAUCACUUCCUAAUUUCUAUCAAUGUAUUUCAUUAAUUUCAUACUGUUUUACUAAUCCUCAUCUCAACAGAUUUAUUCAAAAGGAGACCAUUCUAUUUUUAAAGUACUUAGUGAUAAAUGUAUGAGCUUUGCAUGGAUGAACUAAAGCACACAACCCUUUCUUGUACAUUCAGAACCUGAACAUGUAAAGACAGGAUCCAUUUUUGACAGAUGUGAAACUAGUUUAUUUGUAAUAAAUAAUUAUAUAAUCCAUAUAUGCAUAUAUCUAUAUGCUGUGUUAAGUGGUAAUGAUACAUUACAGUCUGUUAGAAAUGGCUGACUCCUCUGUAAGGAACAGGAUGUCUUUAGUUUAUGUCGCGUUAGGUAUAGAUUCUGUAAACAUGUUCCCUGACAUACAACAGUCUGUACCUCUAGCACUGCUGCUUGUCCAGGCGACAGUGUCUGACCAAUAAAGACCUUUACCUGUUUUGUAUGGUA